AUGGACGGGGCACCGGAUACGAUAGCCACAAAUAACUUCCACCGGGUACUCACGUACUUUGACAAUGACGGGCUAAUUUUGCACCGGAAUUCACGGUUCCAAAUCGAUUGUGGGAUCUGCCAGGAGAAGCACAUUGCCCUCCUGAAUCCCAACUUCGACACGAGGUCGCGGGAGAACCACGAGUCGUACACGGUUCUUCCUCAUUGCGCCCACGCCUUCGGGUAUACUUGCCUCCACAGCUGGAUCGUCUAUAAUGGAGAUAACGAUGCGACUUGCCCGAGUUGCCGAGAACCUAUAUUCAUGGCUGGCGAUGAUCGAGUCCUCCCUAUAUACGGAGACUCGGGGAUUCUAGAGCAGCAUCUGGAGAUCCGGGAAAUUCGGGAGAGUAUUCGUAAGGCCGCUGAUAUGGUGGCAGCUGAAGAGGUACGACGGGCAGCGGCACAGCUAUUGCAGAUGCAGCAGGGUGCACAACCGCCGCAACAGGGACAGCAGGUGCAGCAGGGGCAGCAGGGUCAGCAGGAUCAGCAGGGUCAACAGGGUAAUCAAGCCCCAGAUAUAUUCCGGAUCUUAGGACAGGACAGAAUAGAUGAUGAAGCCGUGCAUAUCUUGAGGGAUGCGAUUCAGCGUAGGGGGGCUAUAGCAAUGGAGUUGGCCGAACUCCGUGAGAUGCUUUUAGAGGAGUUGCGGGAGAUGAACGAUAAUCAGCACUGGCACUUUAACCAGUGA